AUGGCCUCGUCCCCGACAACCCCAGAUCCAUCCCUGAGCAGGCCUCUUAACCCGAUUAGUAAACCCCCGAGGCUCUUUCAUUCCCUGUCUCAGGAACAGAACUCUGUUCUGAGCCUUGCCGCCGACGCCGAGCAUAUCUACAGCGGAAGUCAGGGAGAGGUCAUCUCUGUAUGGGACAAACAGACGUUCACGCUGAAGACUACACUGCAAGGUCACACCGGCAGUAUUCUCGUCUUGGAGUAUGCAGCCGACAAGCAGUGGCUCUUCAGUGCAUCAGGUGACAGUACAAUACGCGUUUGGUCGACCCGGACACUGAGCCCGCUUUAUCUGAUAAACCCUCACCUUGAGACUGACUCUGGCGAUCUGUUCUCCCUUGUCUGGUCACCUACUCUCCAGACGCUCUACUUCGGCUGUCAAGACACUUCACUGCAGUGGUUCUCGUUUGCUUCUCUCUCGUCCUCCAUCUCACCAAAUCUCGCGCAUUCGUUCGCCUAUGGCACUUCUGUCAGUGGCACGUCAACCCCUACAUCCAGACGUGUGCACAAAUUCUUUGAUAGUUAUCCGCAGUACACCCGGCGCCCAGCGGACCUGAACGCGCGUAAUCCCACCUGUUCGUCUCAUCCCUCGCUCCCGCCUACACCACCGCGCUCUCUGUCGACCUUUUCUGGCAGGUCGAGCUCUCCCGAUACAGACUCAUGUGUGAGGCAGGAGCCCCAUGUGAUUGAACAUCCUCUUGCAGUGUUCCAGGUGCCCGCUGCUAAUGUUAUAUACUCCGCUCAUUACGGGUAUGUAUACUGCAUGGCACUUGUGCCCAGCAUACGCGAAGGCUCUGAGGACCCGCCCUUGAGGACGGCUGAAGAAGGCGAGCAGCGCUCUGUACAGCUCGUGACUGGGAGCGGAGAUGAGACUGUCAAGCUAUGGAACCUUUCUUUGGCUACGUCGUCUGUCCCUGUUCUCAUGCAUACGUUUGAGUGUUCCAGCGGUGCUGUCCUCUCCCUCGUUGCACGCGGUGAUACGAUAUACGCGGGUUGCCAGGACGGACACGUCAAAGUGUGGGAUCUAGAGACACGCACACUUGUGCGCACACUCAUCGUCGUGGAAAAUGUGGAUGUUCUCUCUCUUUCCAUGCUGCAUUCAGAUCUAUACACUUGCUCUGCAAAUGGCCAGGUUCAGCGUUGGUCGGCUUCAUUCGAUCUUACAGCAUCUUGGCCUGCACAUGACGGAAUCGUGCUGUCCUCCAUCAUUACACGUCUAGCGCCUCCCUCACCGCUUCCUCUUCCGAACUCGGAUUCAGUCGUGCUGAGCGACGCCAACCAGGGCUUUGUUCUGGUGACAGGGGCAAAUGAUGAUCACCUCAAAGUUUGGGAGGUUGAGCCGCCGAAGAUGCGCAAGCACAGCACGUCCACCUUCAAUGGGAUCCAAGAGCGUUCCGAUAAGGAGGAGUCCAGAUGUAACAACGAGACGAUGAUAUAUGCGCUUUCCACGUUCGUGUCAAUACCGAGCGUAAGCAACUGUCUCACAAACCGUGAAGAUUGCCGACAGGCAGCCAUCUGGUUACGCAAAUGUUUUUCCCAGCUCGGCGCGGACGCGUCGUUGCUCCCCACCGGCGACAACACGAACCCGCUCGUACUGGCAACGUUCCGUGGAUCACAGACAAAACAGCGCAAACCACGCGUUCUAUUCUAUGGGCAUUACGACGUAAUUUCCGCGCCCCCGCGUGGCUGGUCGUCCGACCCGUUCACACUGACGGGGCGCAACGGGUAUCUGUAUGGCCGAGGUGCAACUGAUAACAAGGGCCCGGUCAUGGCUGUCGCUUGUGCAGCUGCAGACCUCCUCAGCCAGAGAGCGCUUGAGCUAGAUCUCGUGCUUUUGAUUGAAGGCGAGGAAGAGGCAGGGAGCGGUGGAUUUGGAGCUGCAGUGAAACGCCACAAGGAUGCAAUUGGAUCGAUUGAUGCGAUCUUGGUUAGUAACUCGACAUGGAUCGCGGAAGACAUACCUUGCAUCACCUACGGGUUACGAGGUGUUGUGCAUUGCAACGUGGAGAUAUCGAAUAAAGGUCCGGAUCUGCAUUCCGGAGUUGAGGGCGGAGCUGCGGUAGAGCCUAUGCUGGAUAUGGUGAAGCUUCUUGGUUCACUGAUAGACGAGAAGAAUCAUGCGACUAUACCAGGCUUCUACGAUAGCGUGCGUCCGUUGACUGAUGAUGAGCGGCAGCUGUACACGGUCCUCUCCGGCAUCACGCAAACACCAGCGCAGUUGCUCGCCUCGCGAUGGCGCGAACCAUCGCUUACCAUUCAUAACAUCGAAGUUUCUGGACCACGAAAUUCUACCGUUAUCCCUGCUACGGUGAAAGCACACGUCUCCUUGCGCAUCGUGCCCGAUCAAGAUCUCACGACCAUUGCCCAAGCGCUGUGUGAUCAUCUGAAGACCACCUUCGCCAGGACGCAGUCUCCGAACAAACUGCAAGUGAGUAUCAACCAUACGGCGGACUGGUGGCUCGGAGAGCUCGACGAUCCGUGGUUUCGUGCGUUGGAAGAUGCGGUGCGCGACGAGUGGGGCACGGAACCGCUGCGGAUACGUGAAGGCGGGUCGAUCCCAUCCGUACCGUACCUCGAGAAGGAAUUUGCCUGCCACGCGCUGCACCUUCCUCUUGGCCAGAGCACUGACCAGGCGCACCUGCCGAACGAGCGCAUCUCCCUCUCGAACCUUUACAGAGGCAAGUUGGUCGUAGAGCGCUUCUUGCUGAACGUCGCACGCUCCAACCUGUCUGGCUCGGCAUUGGAGGAUUGA